AUGCUGGGCUACCAACCUCCCUUAAUGCCAUGGUUGGCCACACCCUCUGACAACCCAGCCAUGGACAGUUGGAUGCAAUGGAGCGAGCAGAGGAAGGCAGAUCAUCAUGGAGGGGACACCCCUACCUACCUCCCAGGGGAUCGAGUGUCGCUGUCGACCCAGGACUUCAGGUUUCCUGAGGGAGGUCCAUUGGAUGAGGCCACACCUGAUGUCACAUCCCCACCGCCGGUGGAUGUCAAAGGUACCCCAGUGUAUGUGAUCUACCAGUUGCUGGACUCCAGAAGGAGAGGUGGGAUUCUGCAGUACCUUGUGGACUGGGAGGGCUAUGGGCCUGAGGAGCGUAGCUGGGUUCCCGCACAAGAUAUCCUGGAUCCAGGGUUGGUGGAGGAGUUCCAUCAGCAUCAUCCAGAGAAGCCUGUUCCUCAGCCUAGGGGCCAUCCCAGGUGCCAUGGGUCCAGCCCUCCCAUUGGUCUGUGCAGCAGUGGUCCCAGGGUCAUCUGCAAUGAUGACCCUCUGUCCAGCACUGUGGCCUCCUUGGACUAUUUGGGGGGGGGGAUACUGUCAUGCUCCCUGGCUCACCUAACACUCUGGACUCCACUUCCCACAAUCCCACUCACACACCUGACACUACCACAUGCACUCAAUCCACCAAUCCGGAGCCACUUCCCAGGAGUGGCUCCCCCGAGUUCUAAUUGUUAUCACCUGUACCUUUUUAUUUAUGUCUGUAUUUAUACCCCUCUGUUUGUUUAGUUCUUUGCACAGUAUUGCCUCCACAUUUUUCGUGAGCCUACUGAGCGUUUGUAUCUGUUUGUGUUUCUGUGUAUGACCCUUUUUGCCUUCUGGCUUCUUCCCGUUUUGCCUAGCCCUUCUGUUUGUUUGCUCAUUUUUCUCGCUUCACGGUUUCUUGAUCUCUGCCUGUUUCUCAACUCCGAUUUGCCUAGCCCUUGUGUUUAUUCUGCCUGUAUUUUCCUGAUUUCCGGUUCUUGGACUCUCGCCCGUUUCAUGACCACGAUUUGUCUAGCCCUCAUUACUCAGUUGGAUUUCCUGGUAUUGACUUUGUACAUUGCCUUCUCUCACUGUGUCUAUUAAAACCCUGAGUUUGUUCUUAA